UUAAACUCGUGGAGUGGACGAUCUACAGAAAAAGCUGAUGCUCCGCCUGUGCCGUGGAAUCUCAUCGCUUCUCUCUCGUUUCCCAUCUCCUUCCCCUUAAUCCAGCAGCUCCACUGCGAAUCGCGCUUCCGGCGAAAGAUGAGUUCGACGGCGCCGUCGCCGGUCGUGGUUGCCGCUUCUCCUCCCGAUCAAUUGCACAACCUUCACAACGUUUUCGUCUAUGGAAGCCUCUUAGCAGAUGAUGUUGUUCGUGUUCUCUUGAAGCGCAUUCCUCAGUCGUCCUCUGCUGUUCUCAAUGGCUAUCAUAGAUUUAGCAUCAAAGGACGUGUGUAUCCGGCUAUUUUGCCCGUAGAGAACAAGAGAGUUGCCGGAAAGGUCCUCUUGGGCAUCACAAAUCCUGAACUGGAUAUUUUGGAUACAUUUGAAGAUGUUGAAUAUAAAAGAAGCACUGUUGAGGUUUCCUUGGUGGAUGGUUCUGAGAGACUUGUAGCUCAUACUUAUGUCUGGAGCAACAGAAGCGAUCCAGACUUGUAUGGAGAGUGGAAUUUUGAGGAAUGGAAACGGUUGCAUAUGGACGACUUCGUAAAAAUGACGACCGGAUUCGUGACAGAGUUGCAACGGCCUGAGCCAAAGCCAAGAGUGGCAACUUAUGAAUCUUUCUUCCUUCAAGGAGGAGGUGAUGGCUCUCUUCUCAUGCCUUGAUAUCAAUUCAUUCUUAGUUUUGUUUUUGGAUUAUGGUGGUGUCCUGUUUUGAAGGAUGAGAUCAAUUGCUGCUCAUCUCUUCCUUCCUAUAUCAUGGUGAAGAGAGGUAAUUAACAUGGCUUUUCCAAAAAACUGAAUUCAUUUUUUUUUUGUCUCACUACUCUGGGCUUGCUUUUAAAGGAAGAAAUAAAGGAAGAUAGUUGCAAAAAACAGUAUAUUGUCAGUGGAAGAAUACUGAGUGCAAUGCAGAAAAAUAUAUAUAUAUAUAUAUUUUCUGUUUAGAAAAAAAAAAACUGAAAAGUUGAUGGUCAGCAUGGCAAAGAGUGGUGAUCGAUAACUAUUGGAGAUUGGGAUUGAACCUCCUUUUGGAGAUGCUUUCUAAUCAUUAAAAUAAAGUUGUGGAUGGUAUAUA